GGCGUUUGUGGUCGAUACGGUUCCCGUUUUGGCCACGACCAUUUGGCCCUUAGCACGAUGUUUCGUUUGUCACAACCGAGUCGCUGGUUUACGCUAAAUCUCAGCUUCAACGGGCGCACAGCACUUUGGCCGUAGUCAUCGUCGCGAUGUCAUCGUGAUCGGGACAACUGUUUCUGUACGCGCUGCGGGGUUUUGCGCGCACGAAAUCAAAACGAAAAACUUUUCUAUAGGCUUUCUAGCGCUGGCCGAUUGGCGCUUUCUCGCGACUCACUAACAGUUUAUGUAGUGUUUUGGAUUUGUUAGUGCGACGUCAUCAAAGCGCUUGUGACGCCAAUAAGUCGACAUUCUUAGAGUACGCUUUGGCAUGUCGCGGUGAAAGUUAUUUUGCUUUUGUGGUUGUCAGUUAUUAAAAACGAAAUUAAUGGAGCUUUAUAAGGACUGCAAUGGCGCUUGCGCAAUCGCAACGCCACCACCGACAAUGAUGUCGACGCUACCGACGCAACAGCAACGCAUUAAAUGUGGUGAAGUCUAUAUUUGGGACUGUGUUGGGGAACUCUUCGCCAUCGAAUGUUUGCUCUGCGAGGAGCAUCCACUCUGCACGUUGUCGGAAUUCCCGGAACACAUGGACGUUUGGCAUUAUGACUGGACGGCUGAGGCACACGCCUCAUUACCUGAUACAACAACAACAGAGGACAGCUGUGAGUUGCUACCACAGCAAUGGAUGGAGAUUGAAGACUCAAUAGCAGCAGAAGCAGUAGCAGCAGCAACAGAGAGCCGCUUAACCGUAUUGAGCGAUAGCAACAACUCUGCAGACAACAACAACGACUCGGAAACCGUAACAGUGGCAUCGGAUGUGCCCGAAACUGGGUCAUGGCAUACAGCUACGGUUCUCGAAAGUGACUGCAGCGUCGUCGAUGUAAGCUCGCCUGCUGAAACCUUUGAAGCGCAACUUUACGACGCGGAGAUAGAGGUGUGUGGCGAGGUGAAUGAUCUGCGCAGCGAAAAAGUAUGUGUAGAAGAGCUGCAGAAGAGCGAAACUGAAGAACUGGCAGCGAACAGCGCGCACGUAAACACAAUGGAUACUAUUGUGAAGAAACGGGUUGAGAACCCACUACUGAAGCGCCUCAGAACUGAGAAAUUAAUAGAGGUUUAUGAAAAAUUCCCCGAACUCUGGCAUAAAGAAAAACGAGGUGACCAAAAGACUGAGGCUCAGGCGAAGGCAUAUCGCAGCAUCAGUCAGAAACUGAAAAAGUUCGGUAUAAACCUGAAAGCGGCGGCUGUACAGCGGCGACUUAAUGCGCUACGCAAGCGAUAUCGUCUCGAGAAACUUGAAGAACUCAAAACUCAAUUGAAGGGACAAACAUAUGAAAGCAGCUUCGAGUUCUACGCGCAUUUACAAUUCCUAAGGGAGCACAUCGAGCCGCAGUUGUGUAAGAUUUGCAGACGGAUUUGUAAAGAUCCCGGCGACUGUUGUGAGGGAGGAGAAGAAGGAAGAACAGAAGAAAAUGCGAUCACCAAUGAAACUGUAGAAGACGAAGAUGUGGCUGUUGAAGGAAAGGAAGAUAAUCACGUGUUCUGCGGCGCCAAGGAGAAACGACUAGAAGAAAGCAUGGAAGAAAGAAAUGAAGGAAACUGCGAGGUCGAAAACCUUGUUAACGAAAUAACUCUUCAACUCAGUAAAUCUGCGGCGCAACACUUUGAGGUUAUGGUCGAGGAGAUAUUAAAAAGUGAGGACGUUAUGCAGGAAGCGGCGAAGUUAGAAACAAAUACGACAGAGCUCAAAAAUAAUGAAGUUGAUUCAAUAGUAGAAUCUACGAACAAGCUGCAAGAAGAGCUCACAUAUGUAGAGCAGUCAACUAGGUAUCUAGAACCGAGAACCACGUUGCAGGAGAACCGCAAAGCAGACGAAAAUCCGAACGAGCCAAAUGCACCACGGCGCUCAUUGCGGAAAAGAAAUAAAAUACAAAUUCUAGAGGUGCUAGAGCUGCCAAGAGUGAAACUGUUCCAGGCACAAGAGCCCGAGGUUAGCACGUCUACGCCUCAUCACCAACAAGCCGUUACAGUAAACGAAGUUAGCAGCUUUGACGCUGAUGAGAAUAUGGCUUCAGAGGAGUACGAUUCAUCGAAUGGUGACUCGGGUAUACUACACGAUUACGAUGAACAAACCCAAGCUGCGCCGCAGUACACCGAGGAGACUGAGUCUUACGCGCGCCUCACGGCUGAGCAAGCGCAAAAAUUGAUAGAACUCUACAGUGAGUACCCGAUGCUUUGGGAUCCCGAUCAUGCAGACUUUAAAAGUCGCGUGCGACGGCGCAAUGUUUGGCGUCAAAUAACGGCACAGUUUAAUGCGCACUACCAGAUGUGCUACACUUGGGUGAAGUUGCACCGCAAAAUGCACGAUUAUAUCAAGUAUUAUAGGCGCGAACGGCAGCGCAUCGAACUGGAGGGCGGCUGUACGCGUUGGUGCUUUUAUGAUAACUUCGCUUUCCUCAAUGAAGUGCUCGCUGAGCAGUGUACCGAUGCGCCGAAGCUGCUACUGAAUAAGCAGCAAAAUCUGAAAAUCAUCGAGGUGUACGCGGCGCAUCCGCAAUUGUGGAAUACGAAUAAUGAGCUGUACAAGCGGCGCCGCAUGCGUUCGAACAUUUUCAAGGCGAUGAGCGAGCAGCUGCGCGACGUGCACAAUAUAAACAUAUCAGCGCUUAAGUUGAAACAGCGCAUUGUGGAAUUCCGCUGCACCUACCGUUUGGAAAAGGAGCGACGCUGUACCACCAAGCUGCAAGGCGGUACUUAUGAACCCUGCUACGAGUACUAUCAGCUGCUAAACUUUCUGGACGAGCAUAUAGCGCCGUUCAACUGCGACGAGUGCGGCGCCCAGUACAAGAAACACACCGAAAUCGAACGUCACAUGCGGCAAGCGCAUUGCAAUGGCAAAAAUAAAACGAAAAUCGUUGUUACACAGCACGCGCCGCGUAGCACUGCCUCCGAAAAGCCCACCAUCGCGCUGGAGAACAUUUGUCACAUAUGCGGCAUGAGCUUCACGCUGAGUCGCAAUCUGCUGUGUCACCUCAAACGUCACAGCAAUCAGCGCCAACACAUGUGCGCUUAUUGUCCGAAGAAGUUCUUUGACGGCCCCGCUUUGCGCGUACACGAACGCUCACAUACCCAAAGCCGGCCGUUCGUCUGCGAACAGUGCGGCGUCAGCUACGCAACGGGCAGCAAACUGAAUCAGCAUUUGAAGCGGCACAGCGGUAGACGCGACUUUCCAUGUGAGCUCUGCGACAAGGCAUUCUACACGGCUUUCGAUUGUGAGCGUCAUAUGCGCACGCACUUGAAUAUACGUGAGAAGGUUUGUCCCAUAUGUGGCAAGGACUUCGGCGUUGGUUCGAGCUAUUAUGCGCACAUGCUGCUGCAUUCGGCCGUCAAACGGUACAAGUGCAAAAUGUGCUGCAAGCAAUUUGCGCAGUUCGCUGGGUUAUAUAAGCAUCGUAAACGCUAUCACCCGAAAGAGUUUGCAAUGGAGCGCGCGAAAAAGAGUGGUCGCGUUACGAAGAAUGUGACGGUAAGCAAAUGAUUGAGUGGGAAAGCUAUAAUUUAAAGACCUUAGCUUAAGGUCACUCCUUUGUGAAUCCUGGAUCCCCCCUAGAUUAGUAAUUAGUCGAGCAGCUUCUACAGCAAGCAUCCGGUAAUAUUUUUAACCUUUCGACAUGGAUCCCGAUGGGACAAUGGCAAAAGACAAAGAACCUCUACGACUAAGUAGAGGUAACCUUUACUGAGAGCGAAGAAAUCGGUAGACUUGCUGCGAUUCAUCUUAGGCCAGAAAUAUCUGGCGACUGCGCAAGUGCUAGUGACAGCUUAGCCGAGGCCCAUGUGUUCAGUAGUAAACGACAAUAAGACAACGGUGCUCCUACAUGUUUCCAUGCUACUGAUGGUGAGACUGACGUUCCUGACCUUGCAAGCUCAUCAGCCUUUCAAUUUCCCGCGAUUCCGCUGUGGCCAGGAACCCAGACCAGUCUAAUCGAAAAGUAUAACGAUGCCACAGAUGGUCACCUCACUAAAGGUUGCUGCGCUUCGAAACAAUAUAUCUUAUUAAAAGCGGAAAUCGUAAAUUUAGUUCUCAUCGAUUUCAGGAGGCUCCAGGCCUGUCUACGUCGGUACGGUACGGAUCCGGAUUUCUAUACAAGCAAGAACUGUCAACUUUUGAAAGAACCACACCGGCGCGCCGCGGCGCCUAACUUAUCCUCAAUUAGACUUAAAAUUGCUUUCAUUUUUCAAACUCAGCUUUAGUCAAGCAUUUUUACCGUUAUUAACGGUACUUUUAGCAUAAUUUACGAACGAACAAAUGUUCUAGUUAAUAUUUAGACAAUCAAGUGUCUAAAAAUAGAGUUAAACAAAAUCUCUAAACUACUUCACACUACUUUAUAGUAAAAUAACGGUAAUAAAAAUCAAAACAAACUCACCAGUUCAUUAUAUAAUA